UUGUGAGGGCUUGAAGGAAGUGAUCCUCCUGAUAUGACGUGUGGUUUGUGUCCCAACAUGCUUACACUCGUGCCUGUCAUGUAACCUUAACUUCAAGCACAGUUCUAUCUGCACCUAUUUCAGGGUCAUCUAUUUAAGUGCAUCAACAAGAACAUUGAAGGCGGCAUUGCACAUGAUACGUCUGACAGUCCACAAAGAAAGAGAUUGACUGGGAGCACCGGAUCCAAAGAGUUCCAUCAAGACUCCAGACUCCAAAUCCACAAAUCAGGCACGGCAUAGACACAAGAAGGAAAUGAAGUCUCGCGUGUGUGGACUAUACGUUAUAAAUAUUCUCAUUCUCCUGACUGAGUUGCAGCUCGGCGGCACUCUGCCAAAGACGGCACCACCACUGGAGCCUGGUGCACCGUUUCUGUUGAUGUGGAACGCCCCGACUGAACUAUGCGGCUCGCGCUUCGACAUAGAGCUUGAUCUCUCCUAUUUCCAGUUUGUCAGUAGUACUCUCAAAACCGCCACCAACCAAAGCAUCUCUAUUUUCUACACGGACCGCUUUGGCCUGUUUCCCUACGUGGACGAGGAAACAGAGAAGUUCUACGACGAGGGCUUGCCUCAGCUGAUUGAUUUCAAAGAGCACCGUGAGCUGGCGGAGGACGACAUCCUCCACUACAUCCCCGGCAACCUCCCCGGCCUCGCCAUACUGGACUUUGAGGAGUGGCGCCCGCAGUGGAUACGAAACUGGGGAAGCAAAGACAUCUACAGAGAGAAGUCCAUCGAGAUCAUCAUGGAGAAGAACGUCUCCCUGACCUAUGAUGACGCCGAGGACAUUGCCAUCAGGGUGUUCGAGAGGGCAGCCAAGCGGUACUUCCUGAGGUCCCUGCAGCUGGGCAAGAGACUGCGGCCUAACCGGCGCUGGGGCUACUACCUCUACCCUGACUGCUACAACUACGACUACAACCGGGACAUGGUCCACUUCACGGGGGAGUGUCCGGCCAUAGAGAAGAAGAGAAACGACAACCUGUACUGGCUGUGGCAGGAGUGCAGCGCCCUCUUCCCCUCCAUCUACCUGGAGCUGGUGCUGAGGGAGUCCCCGCAGGCCCGGCUCUAUGUGCGCCAUCGCAUUCAAGAGGCCAUGCGCGUGUCCACGCUCUCCAACCCAGACUACUCCACCCCUAUCUACGCAUACAUACGCCCCGUCUUUAAAGACAGCGACAUCAACUAUCUCUCAGAGUAUGACCUGGUGAACACCAUUGGAGAGGCUGCAGCUCUGGGGGCAGCUGGGGUUGUUUCCUGGGGCGACAUGGACAUCACGGACACAGAGGAGACCUGCAUGGCAGCUAGACGUCAUUUGGAAAAAGUUAUGAACCCGUACAUCGUGAACGUCACCACGGCAGCCAAGCUGUGUAGCCGCGCGCUGUGCCGGGAGGACGGGCGCUGCGUGCGGAAGCGCUGGAACAGUGACGCGUACCUCCACCUGGAUCCUCAGCGAUACCGCAUCCGGAUGGGCCACCACGGAGAGCUCUUUGUGAAGGGAGACCUCUCCCAGGACGACAUUGAUUGGUUCGCAUCCAGAUUUGACUGCCUGUGCUACUCGGACACACCUUGCCAGUCUACUCUCGUCCUCAAUGCCAUGAGCAACUUCGUCCACGGCACCGCGAGCCAUCUGACGCUGCUCUCCCUCUCCCUGCUGCUGACCUGCGCUCUCUUCUCCACGCACUUCUGUCUCGGGGUGUAAGACCAACCAAAUCAUGCAUAGGCCUACACAUACACAUACGCAUACACAUACACAUAGGGUACACAUACCAUACGACAUACCCCUACACAUGCAAACCACAUGCGACAAUACAAAUGCAAAAAAAAUAUGAAUCAUUGUGUGUGUGUUAGUCAUUCUUACUGUAGGGGGCGAUAAAGAAUUAUAUUACAGAAUUUCAGAAUUUCCUGCGGGAUAUUUUUAACAAAGUUACACAUAGGAAGAACUGUCAGUUGAUGAUGUAAAGUUACUUUUGUAAUGUUGUCUUACUUUUCUCUUUCGAAUCCAUAGCUCUUUAUAAUGUAAGUAAAAGGUUUUAAUAAAUCAAUGUUCUUUCAAUUUG